GUCACCACAAUCACCCAGCAGAUGCCUUCAAGCUGCACCGACCAAGAAGGCGAGGUGAUGCUGCGAGGAAGAGAAACCGACGCAACUGAAGAAGAACAAGUGCGGAUUUACCAAUUGUCCACUGUGGGAGGCCCAUAUUUAUAAACAAAAUGGAUUUAUGGUCAUCGAUGGCUACCGCUUCGUGAUCGGAGCCUCUCAUGUGCAUCGCACCUAUUUGAAGUGCGCCAACUUCCGUCACAAUUGCCGGGCCAGGGCCAUUUUAAAUAGGGACACGAACAGAGUACGGAUGAGACACGAGGGCCACAACCAGAUGAGGCGAAAAGACGAAUCUCAAAGAGAGGGGAAUAAACUUAAAACUAAUUCAGAUGCAAAAUGUUCGCCUGCUUUUCACUGCACAUCCAGAUUGGCUCAGUAUGUGCGCUCGAAUCGAGGCACCGACCUUGUCUACCACGAGGGAAAUACCUACACACCCAAUGAAAAGCUGAGGCAAGGCCAGAAGAGCAGGGACUGGAAGUGUUCGAUGUACCACAAGGCCAAGUGCCGAGCUCGCUUGGUCACAAAGCUAACACACGGCGGUGAUAUCAUUCACGUCACCAGCAACCUUCACACCCAUCCCACCAUGUACACAACCACCCAGAAAUCGAAGAAGCAGCCAUGCCUGGAGAGAAAUCCCCUCUGCGUGCCUAUUAGACCCAGCAAAAUGCAGACCAAAACUCUUUGUCACGGGAAGUGACCUGCCGGUGGAGUCGGUAUACAAUGCACAUGGAAAGCCAAUGGACUUUAUACCCAAAAUAUAUUGCAUUCGGGGGCAAAGGAAGUCCGUACAGUUGAUGUAUGA